UUAGAGAAAAGGGCGUCACGCCGUUGGAUCUGCGAGGGAAAAAUCAUCGAGGACGAGGUUCGCAGCCACCGCGGGUCAUCUUGGUCGUCGGCGAGCUGUGAAUGUUUGUUUGGCGCCUCGGCGAGCCCUUCGAGGGAGGACUUAUUUUUCACUCGAGUCUUGUCAUUGCGCUCGAUCUGGCCAGCUUCUUGUGAUUUAUUUGUUGUUUAUUCGAUCUUUUCUCUGUUUCAGCUUGCCGCAGGAAAUGUCGCUCCAUGUCCGCCGCGCAGCUCGCGUGCCUUCGCCGCGGACUCGAGAGCAGCCGCGCUGAAAUGCAGGUGUGGUGGGCGCUCUAGUCGGUGGACCGGUGCAGUGAGUGAGCAGCGCGCGCGCGCGCGCGCGCGAACCAAGAGCGACAGCCAGCAGAGCCCGGCGGCAGCAUGACGCAGCAGAGCGGGGCCGGCUCGCCCCAGCAGUUCUGCCUGCGCUGGAACAACUACCAGACGAACCUGACCAACGUAUUCGACCAGCUGCUGCAGAGCGAGAGCUUCGUGGACGUGACCCUGGCCUGCGACGGGCACUCGGUCAAGGCCCACAAGAUGGUGCUGUCGGCCUGCAGCCCCUACUUCCAGAGCCUCUUCUUCGAGAACCCCUGCCAGCACCCCAUCGUCAUCAUGAAGGACAUCAAGUGGCCGGAGCUGAAGGCCGCCGUGGAGUUCAUGUACAAGGGCGAGAUCAACGUGUCGCAGGAGCAGAUCGGGCCGCUGCUCAAGGUCGCCGAGAGCCUCAAGAUCCGCGGCCUGGCCGACGUGAACAGCGAGCACGAGCUGAGCUCGCGCGCCGGCGCCGGCCUCGAGGACGGCCUCAACCUGGCCGGCCUGCAGCCGCAGCAGCUGCCGCUGCGCAAGAAGCGCCGCCUGGGCUCGGGCGAGCGCUCGCCCAGCGCGCACGGCAGCCCCGAGCCGGCGCGCAGCCACCUGUCCGACGAGCACGACUCGGUGGCCAGCCAGGGCCAGGACAGCAGCCACGGCGGCCUGGGCAGCAGCUCGACGCCGCGCUCGCUCGGCUCGCCCAGCCUGCCCAGCAUCAGCGUCACGCCGCAGAUCAACCUGCAGGAGCUGCCCGUCGGGCUGUCGCUGCCGCCGCCCGCCUCGAUGCCGCUCGCGCCGCCCGCCUCGCAGGCGCAGCCGCCGCCGCACCCGCACGCGCUGUCGCAGGCGCAGGCGGCGGCCCAGGCGCAGGGCCCGCCGGGCCUGGCCGCGCACCACGCGGCGCCGGCGCCCGGCCACGCGGCCGCCGUCAACCACCUCAGCGCCCACGCGCUCUCCUCGCUGCAGCAGGAGCAGCAGCGCCAGCAGCAGGCCCAGCAGCAGCAGCAGCAGCAGCACAUGCAGGUCGGCCAGCCGCCCGGCGUCGGCGACGACCUGGAGAUCAAGCCCGGCAUCGCCGAGAUGAUCCGCGAGGAGGAAAGGGCCAAGUUGUUGGAAUCGUCCCACGCUUGGCUCGGAGCCUCCACCUCCAGUAUAGCAGCAGACAGCUACCAGUACCAGUUGCAGUCGAUGUGGCAAAAGUGCUGGAACACCAAUCAGAGCCUGGUACACAACCUGCGCUUUCGGGAACGCGGCCCUUUGAAGUCGUGGCGGCCGGAAACGAUGGCGGAAGCAAUCUUUAGCGUGCUCAAGGAGGGCCUGUCGCUCAGCCAAGCCGCAAGGAAAUACGAUAUUCCGUACCCGACCUUCGUGCUCUACGCGAACAGGGUGCACAACAUGCUGGGCCCCAGCGCCGACGGCGGAGCCGAUCUGCGGCCGAAGGGCCGGGGCCGGCCUCAGAGGAUCCUGCUGGGCGUCUGGCCGGACGAGCACAUCCGCGGCGUCAUCCGGGCGGUGGUCUUCCGCGACGGCCAGUCGGUGGCGCACGUGGUCAAGGAAGAGCCCGCCCCCAUGUACCCCAGCCUGGCCAACUACGGCGCCUGCAACGGGCCCGAGGGCGCGGUCAGCCCCGGCGCCGCCGCCGCCGCCGCGGUCGCCGCCGUGGCCCAAGGUCUGCGCCACCAGAUGUGCAGCAUGGUGGCCGCGGCGCACUCGCAGCAGCACGACAUGCUCGCCACCAACCUCUCCACCAGCCUCUCGUCCAACCUGCAGGCCGCCAUGCAGCAGGCGGCGGCCAGCCAGCAGCAGCAACAGCAGCAGCAGCAGCAGCAGCACCAGCAGCAGCAGCAGCACCAUCACCAGCAGCAGCAGCAGCACCACCACCACCAACAGCAGCAGCAUCAUCACCACCACCAGCAGCAACAGCAGCAGCAGCAGCAGCAGCAGCAGAUGCACCACCACCACCACAACAAUAACGGCGCCGGCGGCGGCGCGGCCGGCGCGCAGCUGGGCCUCGGCCACCCGGGCGCGGGCACCCCGCUGCUCGGCAGCGGCGGCAGUAACCACGGCGAGUCGCCGCUGAACCUCGGCCUCGCCAGCCCCGGCUCGGGCGGGCCGCCCGAGAGCCCGCUCGAGUCGCCGCUGGCCAGCCCGCUGGGCUCGCUGAUGGAUCCCGCGCACAUGUCCCCGAGCGUCGAGGUGGGCAUCGGCGUCAGCGGCAUGGCCUACAAGCCCGCGCGCAGCUUCGUCAGCCCGCGCCCCGACAAUCUCUUCCAGGAGGAGCUGAGCGAGCUGGUCAAGAGCUCGCACGCCGCCCUCAAGGACAAGGACAAGAUCGCCGUCAAGCUCGAGCCGCUCGCCGACUCGCGCUGCGAAUAGUAGGGCCGGUUCGGGGCGCCGCUCGCCGCCUCGCCCUCCGCGCAGCAGCACCAGCAGCAGCCCCGUCAUCUUCCAGAGCAGCCCGACGCCGCCGCCAUGCUGCCCCCCUGCAACUGGACCAUAGGAAAUUAGCCCGGCGAGCCGAGCGCCGCUCACUCGCGCACGCUGACGCGCAGCCAGCCUCAAGCAUUCACCGAUCAAACUUUGCGGACGCUCGCCGCCGUCGAGCCGACGGCUGUCCGACAGCACGCGUAUAUGUAUAUAUAGUUGUCGUGUGUGUCCGUGUAGAUGCGGGGCACACGGGCCAAGCUCCGCGCGGAGCCUCGCACCUGGCCGCACGCUGUUCGCGCGACGCUACGCUCGAGACCGCGAGCAGCUUGUAACUUCUAAGUAUAGCAAGAUUAAAGUGUGAUCAAGGGUUCAUACGGAGGCUCACAAUCAAAACAAAAUAACGAUUAACUACGUGCAAGUAGAUUAUGCGCCCUUCUUCCUUUUUCUUUUCUUUCGAGACGCCCGCGCCGCGCUCAGAAGUCGGCCCUCGAGUACGUCUCGUUUCCCGGCUGCGGAAGCGGACGGACGACGCACACACACGAACGCACACAGACACACACCCGCGCGCGCGCGCGCGCGCUGCUGCUGCGAUACAUUUCCAAUUUUACGUAGUCACAGUCCUUUCGUUCGGACAACGUACGAGUAGAUAUGUCGCAUAUGUAUGUAGAGUUUUCGUCUUGGUGGCUUUUUUUGUAAGCGGCAAGGCGCAACAGAGAUGAGAGCAAGUAAUGCAUUAUUUAUACCUAAACGCAUAGACAGUACCAUACAUUAUAACGCCAAAUGUAUAAUAGCUAGUAAGGGAAAAUAAAUAAAUACGCGACUCCGGUAGGGUUCCGAGAACUAAAGAGCAGGAGAGCAGCCGAUGACGAAUCGUAUAUAGUAUAAUGUAGGCCUGAGAACUAAACACACGGACUUGUAUACAAGCCAGAUCGAGCAACAGCUUCUUUCAGCGACGGCGUCCCGCGAGUCGCGGAUCUGUCUGUCGAACCAGCUACACGACUCAUCGAGGGCCGGUUAUUUUUUCAUACGUAUGUACAUGUCAAUUGCAAUCUUCAUUGAGUUUACAUAGUUUAUUUCCUCCUAAAGAUACGUCACGACGCAAUUGCAUCACCAUUGAUUGUUUUCGUGGAGAAGCAAGGGGAAAGCCGAUUUUUAUCUCAGUAAUGUUUAGGAAAAUACGACAUGAUGUAUACUCCCUCGAUGCUAUCAAAAUACUCAGUAAAGGAAGUGAUUGCUCCUUGAUUAUGUUGAGAGCGCCGAAGACCAAAAACUGGUAGCUCGAUGCUCCGUGAAAGCUUAUUUUUGUGAUUUUGUAGAAAAGAUAUACGAUGAGCACUCCCACUGCAUAGACGGAUGAUGCGAGGGUAGCUUAGAGAUGGUUUCGGAUAAACGUCGGUCUGCUACCAAAUGU